AUGCGGCUAGGCUUCAGUAAUCGUGUACUUGCAAGUUUAUUUCAUUUAAAAAACAAACGAAGUGUUUCUUAUACAAUUCAUUCUGCUCGUCUGACUUUGAUGAAAAAUUUUACUCAUCAUUAUAUUGGUCUGCAGCAUGUUGAUCGACAAACUGUUAUUGAUCAUCAUCAAACAUCUAUUGCCUCAGAACUGUUUACUACUACUCCUGAUCAGCUUUGCAUUUUAAUGGACGGUACUUAUAUUUACAUUCAAAAAUCUAGUUAUUAUGAAAUGCAAAGACGAACAUAUAGUCUUCAUAAACACAGACAUUUAGUGAAACCGAUGAUGAUUACUCCAAGUGCAAUUUUGAACUGGCUGCACGACGAUGACAUCAUUAUGAUCGACAGAGGAUUUAGAGAUGCAGUAAAAACGAUUGAAAUGUUUGGUUUUCAUGCAGCUAUGUCUCGUUUCUUAAACGGAAGCAAGCAGUUUUCUACAACUGAUGCUAAUUAUAGCUGUUGUAUAACUAAAAGUCGUUGGGCUAUAGAAAGUGCUAACGGAAAAAUUAAGCCAUUUAAAUAUUUCAAUCAAACAAUUCAAAACUCUAUUAUUCCAUCUGCUAGUGAUUAUCUUCAUAUUGUAUGUGCAAUUGUUAAUGCUUAUCUUUCACCUGCUAUCAGAGAUCCUGUUAAAGAUAGUAGUUUAGUAAUAUUGGUAGGCAGUUAUCAAGUUCGGCAAGCAAAAAGUUACAUUCUCGAACAUUUAAAGCGCUCUGAACUUGAUCCUAACGAUCUCGAAUUCACGGUUGAAUUAUGUGAACAGCAUUCUGAUCUUAUUCGAAUACGUUUCGUAUCAAGACAUUCAACUAAUCAGAAUCACUUGGCUACCGUACAAUUUGACACUUAUCAGGACGAACCCAUUCAAGGGUGGUACUGCACCGGUCAUACAGGUGCACGGGUUGUAGGCUGUUAUGUUCACAUUGCAGCCCUUAUUUGGUACCUCGGCGUAUGCCGAGCGGAGUAUAACGACAAAGGUCAUUCUCUUUCAGCACAACAUCUUUUUCAAGUCGUCGAGAAUUAUUUGCAAUAUGCGGAGAAAUAG